ACGGGGGUUUGGUUUAAUAACACAAUAACAUAAGGAGGAGACAAAUAUAUGAACCUCAUAGCAUCAAACUCACACUAACUUUGAACAACCAUCCAAACACUUCUCCGCUUCUUUCCAUUUCCGUUAGGGUUCGUGUUUGUUUUUCCUUGCAAAAGCAAAACCCACUUGCAGUAACAAAAAUUCACCUCUUUUCACUGUCAGUGCAUUACAAAACCGCCAUUUACAGGCUGGCUUUAGUGGUAAAGGAACAUAUUUCUUGUGGGAAAUGGAUUUUCUAGAAAUCAGUUCAUCAGAUGCUGAUAGUGACAGUGAUUGGGAUUUGGACGAGAUCAGGGCAUCAUAUGAUCAAAUUGAUUCUACUGAUUCGGUCAAUCCCGGGGAUAAUCUGUCAACAGUAGAUAAUGCUCGUCCCAAUCUGAUAGUUGAUGGAGAAUCUUCCAGAGAACCUCCUACUGGAGCAUCUACUUCAAAUGGUACUUCAGCCAAACCAAGCCAAAGAUCGACUACCAAUCAGAGAGUUCUUCCACCAUGGGCGAACACAGCCGGUACCGUGAUAACAGAUAAUAAGAAACGGUCGCGUAAGUUACAUUCCCAAACAGCUGUUCAAGACAGAAGCUCAUUAGACCAUAGCCACCAAAAGAAGGCUGGAAAUCACAGGUCAUCAGAUACUACUAGCAACUCAGUCCUCUUAAACUUAAGAACAACUCAGGAUACAAAUUCUACGAGUUCGGCUCGCAAAGAUUAUGAUCAAUUUACAUCCCAACAAGGCUCUAAAAGGUCCCUUCCAAAUUCUAUUCAGCCGCAAGGACCUAAUCCUAGAUCUUUUAAUUUAAUGGAGAAUGUGGGUAGCAGUCAGAUGCGUGAAACAUAUGGAAACACUUUCUCUGCACCACAAAAAUUGAUACACGGCAUGGAGCUUGUGAAUCGAACUGGACAGGGCAGUGUUGAUAAAUUUAUGUCCACUACCAGCGGGAGUAGGAUUUUGCCUCUGUCCAUGAUGCAUGGAAAAUAUACUUCAACAUCACAGCACGCUAAUUCAGUUGAUCCUGUUUUUCGGUCUACGACUGGUGAAGAUAGAGCAGAAUAUGAUGAGAGGCUAAUUUUUCAAGCUGCCUUGCAGGAUUUAAACCAACCUAAACUUGAAGAUACUCUACCUGAAGGUCAUAUGACAGUCUCUCUGCUUAGACACCAGAAAAUUGCAUUGGCUUGGAUGCUUAAAAAGGAAACUAAAAGCCCUCACUGUGCUGGUGGAAUUCUUGCUGAUGAUCAGGGCCUCGGUAAAACCAUUUCAAUGACAGCUCUUAUACUGAAGCAGAAAUAUUUACAGUCGAUAACCAGACCAGAAGUUGCAAGCCAAAUGACCGCUGAAGCCUUAAAUUUGGAUGAUGACGAGGAUAAUGAGAUCACUGUUCUUGAUCAAGGAAAACUAGAUGGAGAAUCUAAUGACCUUAAAUUACUUCCAGAAGCAAGAACUUCUAGACAAGAAUUUAAAAGUUUAAGGCCUCAAGCGGGAACUUUGGUUGUCUGUCCAGCAAGUGUGCUUCGUCAAUGGGCCAGGGAGCUGGAUGAGAAAGUUGCAGCAGAAGUUUCACUUAAAGUUUUAAUUUAUCAUGGAAGCAAUAGAAUUAAGGAUCCUGAUGAACUGGCAGCGUAUGAUGUGGUUCUCACAACAUAUGCACUUGUGGCGAAUGAAGUUCCAAAACAGCCUGUGGUUAAUGAGGACGACGAUGAUCCUAAAAAUGGUAAACGAAAUGGGUUAUUUGAUGAGAUCUCUACAAAUAAGAAAAAGAAUAAGAUGACAAAUUCGAGGAAGAGAAAGUGGAAAGGUAAAAGAAGAAAUGGCAUGUCUGAUGUUGACUUGGAUUCUGGUGCUCUUGCAAGAGUGCGGUGGUUGAGAGUCAUAUUAGAUGAAGCACAAACAAUAAAGAACCACAGAACACAGGUGGCAAGAGCCUGCUGUAGUCUUAAAGCGAAAGUAAGAUGGUGUUUAUCUGGAACGCCUAUUCAGAAUUCAAUUGACGAGUUGUUUAGCUACUUCAGAUUUUUGAGAUAUGAGCCAUAUAAUGUUUAUAAAUCAUUUUGUGGUAUGCUAAAGCACCCAAUUUCAUUAAAUUCAAUUCAAGGUUAUAAGAAGCUGUAUGCUGUGCUGAGGACUGUGAUGCUUCGACGGACUAAAGGCACAGUUAUUGAUGGAGAGCCUAUCAUUACAUUACCAUCAAAAACAAUUAAUUUAAAAAAAGUAGAAUUCUCUGUCGAGGAGCGGGCAUUCUAUCAGAGACUUGAAGCUGAAUCUCGGUCGCAGUUCAAAGCAUAUGCUGCUGCUGGAACUUUGGGUCAAAAUUAUGCAAGUAUACUAUUGAUGCUCCUGCGCCUUCGGCAAGCUUGUGACCAUCCACUGCUUGUUAAAGGUUCGACUUCAGAUUCUGUUGAAAGGUUUUCCUCAGAAAUGGCAGCAAGUAUUCCUAAGGAUAUGCUAAUAAACUUAUUGAAGCGUCUGCAGUCAACCUCAGCCAUUUGUGGUGUGUGCAAGGAUCCACCUGAAGAUGCAAUUGUCACCAUGUGCGGGCAUGUUUUCUGCUAUCAGUGUGUAUCAGAAAAUUUGACGGGUGAUGAUAAUAUAUGUCCUUCACCAAGAUGCAAAGAAGAACUUGGUCCUGACUUGGUAUUUUCCAAAGCUACCUUACGAAGUUGUAUAUCUGCUGACCAAGAUGAUAAUCCCUCUAGUUCCUCCUUGCACGAAAAAUCCAGAGUUGUGCAGAGAGACUACAUUUCUACUAAAAUAAAAACUGCUAUGGAGAUUCUUAUGUCUCAUUGUAAAUCAUAUGGGGGUAUUUCUUCAAGAAGGGAGGAACUAUCAGAAACAGGUGGUGUGUGUUCAGAUGCACAAAUUGAAGCGCCAAGAAAGGCCAUUGUCUUUUCUCAGUGGAUUGGCAUGUUGGAUUUAGUUGAAAUGGCAUUACUUCGGACUGAUCUACAGUAUAGGAAACUUGACGGUACAAUGACAUUAACUGCCAGAGACAAGGCUGUUAGAGAAUUCAAUACUGACCCUGAGGUGACAGUUAUGCUCAUGUCCUUAAAAGCUGGUAACCUUGGUCUAAACAUGGUUGCUGCCUCUCAUGUAAUUCUUUUGGAUCUUUGGUGGAAUCCAACUACUGAAGACCAAGCUAUUGACAGGGCUCAUAGAAUUGGGCAAACUCGUCCUGUUACUGUAUCACGGAUCACUAUUAGCAAUACAGUUGAAGAUCGGAUAUUAGGUCUUCAGGAAGAGAAAAGGAAAAUGGUUGCAUCUGCAUUUGGUGAGGAUCCGAGUGGGGGCACAGGAAGCCGCUUAACUGUGGAAGACUUGAGAUAUCUGUUUAUGGGGAAUUAGUUACUUGUUUGAAAGUAGCUAACAUUUUGUGGUGUCCUUUGGGACAUGGUAUGUCUGAACUUCUAAUACUUCCAGGAAACUAGUUAUUAGCAAUUAGGCGUAGUUAUUACUAUUAGCUCUGGCAGAACUUAUGGCUGAGCUCUGCGUAAAUCCGCCACCAGUUUUUGGGCCAGCAAAAAGCACGUUCUACUUGUCAUCAACUUUGUAGCUACCAUGGUGGAACUGAUGUAAAUAACAGUAAUAUCUUUUAUGAAGCAGCUAGUAAUGAACUAUUGCUAGAUCACCUUUUUACA